AAUAUCUUUUUGAACCAUAGCAACUUACCUGUGUGGACAAGUGGAUAUGCCAGUCACCAUUUUGAAUGCGGUCAUUUUCGAGCUAAAUUUUUCUGUCUCCAUAUGGUGUGAUUCAUAGUCACAUUUUAAGAGGAACAGGUGGCAGUAUGUCUAUUGGUUCUGAGUCGGAUGAAGAAGAAGAAACCAGCUUCUUUGUAAGCAUGGCGGCUUGCUAUGCCUGGUUUCUUGUGCUGGGCUCGGUUUUUCUCUGCAAUCUGAUGAAAACAUUGUUGCCGAGCAUUUCCUCGUUUCUGUGUAAGAUGGUGCAAAAAGAUGCCGAGCAGGAGAACGAAAUGAGGGCUGAAAUCCACGCAAUGAAGAAGGAACAGUCGUCAAUCAGCAUGAUGGAUGAGUUUGCUCGAUAUGCUCGAUUGGAGCGCAAAAUCAACAAGAUGACGAAUAAUCUGAAAACACACGUUAAAUCCAGGACUGCACAACAAGCCAAAAUGAAAUGGGUUGUCAGCAUUGUCUUCUACAUACUGCAGGCUGCUUUGAUGAUCUCCUUAAUAUGGAAGUACUACUCUGACCCAGUGACUGUGGUUCCUAGUAAAUGGAUAGCCCCCAUGGAGCGUCUUGUUGCUUUCCCAACCGGGGUCACAGGUGGAGUGGGGAUCACAUGCUGGUUGGUAGUGUGCAACAAAGUAGUUACGCUUGGUCUGUAUGCCUUCAGUUAAGAAAAACAACAACGAGCUCCGCAACUAUAAAAGUCUGUAUUUAGUUAAGAUCCUCAUAUUGCCGCACAUUUUGGUACUGGCUGUCUGGUUCUGUGAUACCGUUCUUUCGUUGUGUGGAGGUGUUUAUUAUGCAAAUUUUAUUGUAUUGUGUAUUUAUUUUUAAAUUAAGAGUUGGGAAUGUCUUAAUUUUUUUUAAAAAUAAAACAUUUGGGGAAAAACAGGCUUUGUUGUUACAUAU